AUGGUAACCACCACCAUGCCCUGGCUGUCUGUCAGCAGUGAACCUGCCCCCCAGUGGUUGUGGUUGGCUAGUUGGUCUGCAGCAACGUACCAGGCCACGCCCCCUCUGGUCCUCUGUCCCCCCGCUGUGUGGAUACCUGAACAUGCUCACGUGAUACAGUGGGAGCGUCCAGCUGUUGAAGUCGUUCCUCUUCUCCCUCCAUUCUAUCGAUCUUCCCCUAUUCAUCACCCUCAUCGUCUACCCAAGCUAGUUGAAGGCUGGAUCUCACCAGAGGAAGUGGGCGUGUUCCAGAGAAGAGACAAACAUCUCCUUUUGACCAAUCAGAUCAUCCAGAAGCCAGAAGGACACGCCCCCAGAAACCAGCACCUGCUGUUUCCGUCUCAUCUCACAGAUGAAGAGGAGGAGGGAAGUGAACGAGAAAGGAAAGACAAACGUCCUGUCGCCUCCACUCCUGUUCCAGGGUCGCCAUGGUGUGUGGUGUGGACGGGAGACGACCGGGUCUUCUUCUUCAACCCCACAAUCCACCUGUCCGUCUGGGAGAGACCAGGGGAUCUGAUUGGCCGAGACAUCAGCCGCAUCAUUGAAGACCCACCCCACAAGAGGAAGAAGACACUUGUUGACAGGAGCUCCAGCUGUCAGUCAUCUCGUCUCCACGGUAACGAUGAAGAUGACGAACAUGAACACAGCUCCAAGAGGAACAGAAUAGAGGAGCCGAUGUCGCUCGUCCCUCGUCCAGGAGAAGUGCAGCUCCUCCCGCUGGAGUUACGUAUUGCUCACUUUAGAGAAAUGAUGCUGGAGCGAAGGGUGUCGGCGUUCUCAACCUGGGAGAAGGAGCUCCAUAAGAUGGUGUUUGACCCUCGUUACCUGCUGCUGACCUCAGAUCAGAGGAAACAGGUGUUUGAUCAGUUUGUGAAGAGCAGGGUGAAGGACGAGUACAAAGAGAAUAAGAGUAAACUGCAGAAAGCCAGAGAAGAGUUCAGGCAGCUGCUGGAGGAGGCCAAGAUCUCCAACAGAUCAACUUUUAAGGAGUUCUGCGCUCGUUACCGUGGUGACCAGCGCUUCAAUGCCCUCAACAGGAAAAAGGAACAGGAAGUCCUUUUCAACCAUUACAUCACAUCCUUAAACAAACGGGACAAGGAGAACAGAGCCAGACUGAAGAAGAUGAGAUGA